AUGCGAACGAUCAACGACUGUUGCGGGUUCCGAGCCGCGGCCUCAAAGAUCUCGAUGUGCCUGACGGCUCUCGUGCUAACGAUAGCUGCCGAAGAGAAACCGACCAACACCGUUUCGGUGUCCUCUGGCACGGCAGCGAUCCAGAGCAACACGAUCCAAAAGUUGAUCAAGAUUCUGGAGAAGUACGGGCUCGAGGAGCAAAGGGGCCUGAAGAGGGUCUACCUGAGCAACAGGUCGAUCACAUGCAACGAUGGAUCCCAGGCGGGGUUUUACCUGCGGAAGUCGCACGGCUCUAAGAGGUGGAUCAUUUUCCUGGAAGGUGGCUGGUAUUGCUACGACCACAAGAGCUGCAGAAACAGGUGGCUCAGGUUGAGGCAUUUGAUGACGUCGACUCAGUGGCCUGAGACACGCGACGUUGGUGGCCUGUUGUCGGCAAAUCCGGAGGAGAAUCCGUUCUGGUGGAACGCGAAUCACGUAUUCGUCCCCUACUGCACGAGUGACAGUUGGAGUGGCACCAGAGCUUCGCCGAAUGACAUGUUUUCCUUCAUGGGGGCAGAGAUUGUGCUGCAGGUGGUGCGAGACCUCGUUCCCCUUGGACUCGAGAAUGCAAGCUCCCUUCUUUUGGCUGGUAGCAGCGCGGGAGGCACCGGUGUCAUGUUGAACUUGGAUCACGUGCAUAGUUUGGUCCACCAUAACCUAGGCUUGAAACACAUCGCGAUAAGAGGUGUAUCCGAUUCGGGGUGGUUUCUUGACAGGGCUCCCUAUUCGCCAAACGGUUUGUCACCGGUCGACGCUGUCCACAAGGGGAUGGAACUUUGGAAGGCCCGAAUGCCGCACAAUUGCGUCAACAAACACCCGAACGAACCGUGGAGGUGCUACUUUGGCUACAGACUGUAUCCAACGUUGACUGCGCCCCUGUUCGUUUUUCAAUGGCUGUUCGACGAGGCGCAGAUGUCGGCGGACAAUGUGGGUGCACCAGUGACGAAGCAACAAUGGGAUUAUAUACACAAGAUGGGUGACAGUCUGCGGCAGACCUUCGAAAACGUUAGCGCGGUCUUUGCCCCGAGCUGCAUUAGUCACAGUGUUCUCACGAAGAGGGAUUGGCAGUUGGUCAAAAUAGACGAGGUUUCUUUGGCGCAGGCGUUACACUGUUGGGAGCAAAUGCCAACCGGGAAUCACCGGAACGAUACCCGUUCGCCAAUCGAGACGAACCAGCCGUGCACCAAGUCGCUGCGAAAGCUACUGAGAUCCGGUCUGACGAAGGGAAACGGAACUUCGACCGAGUCGAGAAGAAGCGGAAAGAGCGAGUCCGUGGCGGACUUGCAGAAAGUCAGGUCGCCGGUGACGAGUAAAUCGGUGGACGGGAAAACGUCCACGUCGAAUGUCCUACUGCAGGACAGGGAGAAUAAGAAGAGGAAGAGGCGGAAGCACAAAGGCAAACGGAGGGAGAGGAACAAGGAAGCGAGGACGAAGAAGGAGAAGCACGAGCGUAGAAAAGCGGGCCGCCGGAAGGGUAACAAGCAGAACAACGACAGCAACCACACGGGCAUGUUCAACGGGACCAGACCGCAGCGCUCGGUGAUACCAUCUGGCAAACGGAAGUGUGUCCAGGGCUGCCACUUCCGGUUAAUCGAACGUUGCACUUGGCCGCAGUGUAAUCACAGCUGCCCGAAGCUGCACAACCCGUUCACCGGCGAGGAAAUGGACUUCAUCGAGUUGUUGAAGAGCUUCGGCCUCGACAUGAAGAGCGUGGCGAACGCACUGGGCAUCGACAUUCAAACGUUGAACAGUAUGGAUCACGACGAGCUGCUAAAUCUCCUUACGCAACGGGCCAAUUGA